CGGCAGGUAACGCAACACAACACAACACAACACCUCUCUCUCUCUCUCUCUCUCUCUCUCUCUCAGAAGGGAUUAGGAAACGUUCAGAGUCGGUUCGCCGCAUGGCCUCGCCAAAUCCACGCAGCAGUGCUCUGACGACGUCGCUCCGAGACGCCUCCGAGUCGGAGAAGUUGGAGGCCACCUCUAGCUGGGACGCCCUUGAAUGGACCAAAAUCGAGCCCGUUUCGCGGUCCGUUUUGCAUGUGAAUUUGGACUUCCUGCUUGAAGCUGAAGAAGUCGUGGUCGAGGGAUAUGGUGUCGUUUUGGUUAAUACUGAUGAAGCAGGCACCUUGAUAGUAACCAAUUUUCGUCUUAUUUUUCUUAGUGAAGGUACAAGGAAUAUCAUUGCGCUUGGCACAGUGCCACUGGCCACCAUAGAGAAGUUCAACAAGAUGGCUGUUAGGCUUCAAUCUGCCCCUCGUCAACACGACAAGACACCGUCACGAAGACUUCUUCAGGUUGUAGGCAAAGAUAUGAGAAUUAUUGUCUUUGGUUUCCGCCCCAGAACAAAGCAGAGACGUGCAGUAUUUGAUGCAUUAUUAAGGUGCACUAAACCAGCAAGCUUAUGGGAUCUUUAUGCUUUUGCUUCUGGACCUUCCAAAUUCACCAAUACUAACCCAAAGGUGCGGUUACUAAAUGAGUAUUUCCGGCUUCUUGGAAAAGGAUCCUACCGUGCAUCAAUGAGUAUGAUUGAGAAGGGGUUGUUCCUAUUAUCCAAUGACUUGUGGAGAAUAACUAGCCUAAAUUCCAACCAUACAAUGUGCCAAACUUAUCCAUUUGCUUUGAUUGUGCCAAAAGGGAUUAGUGAUGAAGAGGUGAUUCAGGCUUCAACAUUUCGGGCAAGAUGUCGAUUGCCUGUAGUUUCAUGGUGUGAUCCUGGAACUGGAGCUGUCCUUGCACGUUCAUCUCAACCAUUGGUUGGUCUUAUGAUGAAUAUGAGGAGCAACGCUGAUGAAAAGCUUGUUGCCGGUCUUUGCACUCAUCUCUCUGGUGUGAGUGGGCCACGGAGGAAGCUAUAUAUUGCUGAUGCAAGACCUAGGAAAAAUGCUUUGGCAAAUGGGGCAAUGGGAGGUGGCUCAGAGUCAUCGUCAAAUUAUUUUCAGUCUGAGAUAGUAUUCUUUGGGAUAGACAACAUACACACAAUGAGGGAUAGUCUUGCUCGACUAAGAGACUACUUGGAUACUCAUGGCGCCACUUCAUCAGAUGGAAUGUCAUCAUUCCUGAGACAUGGUGGAUGGAGUUGGGGUGGAGGCAACCUUAGCAGUAUGUCUGCUUCAGUAUCAACCCUUGGUGACAGUGGUUGGUUAAUACAUAUUCAGAAUGUCUUGGCUGGUUCGGCUUGGAUUGCUGCACGUGUUGCUUUGGAAUCAGCAUCAGUUCUUAUACAUUGCAGUGAUGGAUGGGAUAGAACAACUCAGUUGGUUUCACUUGCUAGUCUGCUGCUCGAUCCAUACUAUCGGACAUUCACAGGGUUUCAGGCGCUUGUCGAGAAAGAUUGGCUGGCAUUUGGACAUCCAUUUUCAGAAAGAACAGGAAUGCCUACAGUAUCUGGUAGUGGCAGCAAUCCUUUUGAGUUAUCAAGACAGUCUUCUGCAGGGAGUUUCUCAUCAUCUCCUGGGCGGCAAUCAUCAGGAUCAUUUACAUCUCAAGCUCCAAGUCCACCUCAUGCACAGAAUUCAAAUAACUGUUCUCCCAUUUUUUUGCAGUGGAUUGAUUGUGUUUCACAAUUGUUGCGGAUUUAUCCUUUUGCUUUUGAGUUCUCCUCGGAUUUUCUGGUGGAUUUCUUGGACUGUAUGCUUUCCUGUCGUUUUGGAAACUUCUUUGGUAAUAGUGAAAAGGAGAGGCAGCAAAGUGGUGUUUCUGAAGUUUGUGGAUGUCUGUGGGCAUAUUUGGGUGAUUUGCGCGCUUCAGAGGGAAGCUCUCAUGUGCAUUUCAACCUGUUUUAUGAUCCAUCAAAACACGGUGGUCCACUAUUACCUCCUGCAGCAGCCUUAGCCCCAACUCUGUGGCCCCAAUUUCAUCUUCGUUGGGCUUGUCCUUCAGAAGCCCAAGCUGGGGAGCUUGAAUCGCAAUGUCGAAAGAUGGCUAUAAAAUUUUCUGAGCUGCAGAAGGCGAAAGAGGUAGCAGAGAGGAAAGCUAAAGAAGUUGCAGUUGCCAUGGAAUCAUUGAAUGCAGAGUUACGGAAUGAAAAGCAGCUGAACAGCUCAGCUAUGAACCUGGCAAAGAGGGCCAGCAAGGAAAGUGAGGCCAUAAAGCGAGCAGUAGAGUCUAUGGGGUGCAAGGUACACUUCUCAAGCACGGGUGAUUUUACCGUUGGCAUUGAGGGCAACCCAGCAGAUGCUCCAAAGAAAUUCACCAGUACCCCUUUGAAAAGAGAAUUGGAUGGUACUUUGCAUCAUGAUGAGAAAUCAGAUCUCUCUGUUUCCAUUACAGUAAUGGCCGAGGACGUUAUUCCUAAAAAUCCAAUUGGACAAGUGUGUGAAACCUUAUGCCCUUUACGCGGUCGAGAUGGAGUCUGCAGGUGGCCAGAUGCUGGUUGUGCACAGCUGGGCAGCCAGUUUAUUGGACUAAAGGCAAAUUUUGAUGCAUUUGAUAAGCUUUCCAUUUAUGAUAGUUAUUUCCAAUCCGAGUAAAAACUGUAGAUUCGUGAGCCAAGCAUGGGUUGCUAGCGCCAAUCCUGUUGCAGUACUUGGAUUAGCUUCUCACUUUGGGCAAGGAUUCAAGUAGAUUUAGAUUUAAAGCUUUGUCGGAAUAGAUAAACGAAUUUUUUUUUACCUCACCAUGGACUAAGAAGGAAAUGCAUUAAAAAGAACCUGGGCAUUUGGGAUGGAUCCCAGGACUCAUCGUACGGAGUAUAGAGUUUAGCUGAGAACCAUCUUAGUAUUGGAGUAACAUAAUAGGCUAGCUUGAAACUGUACAUGCAAGAGCUAAGGUAUGGAUGGAGGUCCAUAGGUUUUGACGAGAUGUUGGGCAGGUAGUUAAUUGUAUUGCCAUUCAUUUACUGAAUAAGCAGCUCUUGUACAAGCUGUUGGACUAGUUAUAAGUUGUGAACCUUCUUUUUUAACCGGCAGUAUUUUAUACCAGGAGUGUAAAUGAAUAAAUUUUAUGAUGACUGAAGCUGUAUUUUUUGGUGACAGCCCUUUACUAUGGUUUUCCCAGAAAGAUAGAACCAUUAGAAAUUGAGGCAUGCCUUCUUUUUGUCU